UACAUUUGGUAUGGUAGACGGGACGGAUCUGGGAGAGUGAACUCUGCAACGUGCUUGCUCGCAUGGCAAUCCGGCCUAGACUUCCAUGGAGGCCGAUCACUUUUAGAGAAACUCCAACGGGCAUCUCCAUGAAGUAGCAAAAGAAACGAAGAACACCUCACCUCGUCAAUCAAUAGACGCAGACGAUGCUGUAGUAAGACUGAUCUCAAAAGUGGGUCUUCUCUGAAAAGGCGUCAAGUCUCACAGAAUCAAAAACAGAAUCAUGCAAGGUCCAGCUGAAAGUGUUGCCGACGCAAGUCUAUCGUUUUUACGGUCGUAUGAUGGUGAAAAAUGGCUCGUACGAGACGACUAUGUGUUGCCUUCGUCAGCAUGCACGCGAGGAUCACUGAUGGUUUCCGCUUCGCCGUUGACACCACCGUGGACGAGAAAGUGCUCCCGUCGCCAGAAGCGACCAUCUUUGCCCUUGAUCAACAAAACUUACACCGAUGAUCUAGCCAAGCUCUGCCAAGCCGAAAGUACGGAAAUCACCGAAGAAACCACGGAUCAUACAGUUGAAGAAUACAUGGUCGAAUCAUUGAAUGUCAAAGCAUUGAACGAAAUUCAAAUAAGUCAUCCAGCGGAGGCCUCAACAUCACAAAGUGUGAACAAUGAUCUCGCAACAGAUUCAUGGCAAGCACACUCACUUGUGCCAAGUCAAUUACUCAAGGCGGAUCUUUGUGUUCCAAAGCCUACACAAAUGCUACAGCAAGCGCAAUUAUGCAAUUCUAGAGAUAGGGCUCGUCGUUACGAUUACGCGGAGAAAUUGGGCCCCCUUGAUGACGAUGAGGAAGAAGACGAAACAGAUUUCAUCUAUGUUUUUGAGGAAUCUUCUGAAGACGAAGUUGGUGACGACGGGCCUCGUUCACGCGAAUUUUCCCCUCAGCAUUUCUGCCGAUGCCAGUCGAUCCAGUCUCUCCCUGACCGCAUCUCGGCAAUUCCAUCCUCAAUUCUUUUCUCCUUUUCAGAUAGCGAUGACAGCAAUCACAACGGUACAAGCGAUCAGGAAGGUGAUAUGUCUGAGCUUGAUGCUGCUGACGGCUUUUCAUUGGACGCUGUGACAAAUUCUUGUUCUUCGUCGAUUACGUGGUACGAUGGAAGCCAAACUGAAGAAAUCUCCGUUUCAACGGACGGAGAAAUCGAGAAAAUGCGAACACACACCAAGAAUGCUUCCUCAUUCUAUACAUGGGAUUCGUAG